AUGGCGGUCCUCAACACGCUCUUCCUUACUUUCAACUGUGGUCGCGAAUUGGUCAACAGUGACUUCUUCGCGGCCAGUAUCAACCAAGGCCUCUCCCACGCCCAGCUUCCCCCAGAUGUUAUAGCUCUCUCGCUGCAGGAGAUUGCUCCUCUAGGCCAGUCCUUCCUCGGAGGCUCGUUUCUCUCGCCUUACUUCGAGCGUUUCUCCGAGACUAUUCAGAAGCUUAAUCAACUCUGGAAACAUGACGAGCAAUACGAGACGAUACUCUGUAGCAACGUUGGAAUGACGGCGCUGAUGCUGUUUGCGCGACCCGAAGUCGCUCGCAACAUCAAAAGUAUUCAGACGGCUGGUACAGGAGUUGGAGCAUGGGAGAUGGGCAACAAAGGAGCUGUUGGUGCGCGCCUGGCCUAUGCAGUUGAAGACGGCAGUGAGAUGGACCUCACCUUCGUCGCAGCUCAUCUGGCUCCUCAUGAAGAGGCCUGGCAGCGUAGAAACCUGGAUUGGCGCUCCAUCAACGAGAAUCUCGUCUUCACCAAGAUUACGGGCGCUGAAAAGACACGAACACGUGCGACCAAUAACGAAAACGUUCAAGACGAAACGGAACCCUUGCUCUCUUCUGCUACCGACGACCAACACACUUCGCAAGAACAGGAAAAUGCCCUCAUAACCCCGAACUCGUAUAUCUUCUUUGCCGGUGACCUCAACUAUCGCACCUCGGAUAUUUCACCCCACCCCGACAACCACCACGCCUUUCCACGCCGCAAUGACUCGCCCGAAGAUGCCACCCAUUACUCGCACAUCAUGCCCAAUGACCAGCUUGCCCGUGAGAAGGCUGCUGGAAAUACGUUGCACCAUCUUAGUGAAGAGCCGUUGAAGUUCGGACCGACAUACAAGUUUUCGAAAAAAGCCCAGAAGCAAGCUGCACAGGCGGCCGAAGGCGUGCAAAAGCAGAUGCAAUCAGGUGCAAAUACAGUAACAAUGCCCGACGAGGUCGAUUGGCACUGGGCAGAGCACCGUCACCCCAGUUGGUGCGAUCGCGUACUGUAUCUUGCACUGCCUGACCACGAACCCGCCGUCCAUACCUACAACUCCCUCUCGCUGCAACCUUCGUCAGAUCACAAGCCUGUCAUCUUGUAUGCCUCGAUACCAACCCAUUCGUUGAAGUCGUUCAAUCAUGACAUCAAAGCACCAUAUGCUAUCAAGGCAGGGUGGAAGCAAAGGCGUGAGACGGCCCGACGUAGAGAGCUCGCUGUCGGAGUUGUGACAUAUCUCGUGAUGACCUGGGAGGGUGAGGCAUUGUUGCUCGGAGCAGUGUUGGCCGUGGUUGGCGCAUGGGCGGCCCUGACUUCGCUGUUGUAA